GGCUGCUCAACCGAGCGCCGAGCGUCCCGCUCCCCGCUCAGCCCGAGCCGCCGACGGCCGAUGCGGCCCCGCCGCGGUGGAAGAUGGCUGUGUCGCGGGGGCUGCGGUGCUGCCAGCGCGCCUUCGCCUGGCUGCCCGUCCUCAUCAUCGCCCUCGUCGUGCUCUGGUCCUAUUACGCCUAUGUCUGCGAGCUGUGCCUGGUGACUCUGAGCAACCCAGUAGAAAAAGUGGCCUAUCUUAUAAUAUUCCAUAUUCUCUUUGUGCUCUUUGUGUGGACAUACUGGAAGUCUAUUUUUACUCUCCCGGUGCAGCCAGGUAAAAAGUACCACAUGUCCUACGCUGACCAAGAGCGUUACGAAAAUGAAGAAAGGCCGGAGGUGCAGAGGCAGAUUCUGGCUGAAAUCGCGAGGAAGCUGCCGGUGUACACGAGGACGGGGAGCGGAGGUAUUCGGUUCUGUGAUCGGUGCCAGCUGAUAAAGCCUGAUCGUUGUCACCACUGUACUGUUUGUGCCAUAUGUGUGCUAAAAAUGGAUCAUCACUGCCCAUGGGUGAAUAACUGCAUUGGAUUUUCUAACUACAAAUUCUUUCUACUCUUCUUAGCCUACUCUUUGUUGUAUUGCUUGUAUAUUGCUGCCACAGUCUUCAAGUAUUUCAUUAAGUACUGGACAGGUGAGCUGACUAAUGGACGUUCCAAAUUUCACGUCCUUUUCCUUCUCUUUGUGGCGGUCAUGUUCUUCGUAAGCCUUAUGUUUCUGUUUGGCUACCACUGCUGGCUCGUUAGUAGAAACAGAUCCACACUAGAGGCUUUCUCAGCUCCUGUGUUUCAAAACGGCCCAGAUAAAAAUGGGUUCAAUCUUGGCUUCGUAAAGAACCUUCAGCAAGUGUUUGGAGAAGAAAAGAAGCUCUGGUUGCUACCGAUUGCCUCUAGCCAGGGCGACGGGCAUUUUUUCCCCAUGAGAGCUUUGUGUGAAGCUCAGAAUCCUCUCCUAGCAAAUGAAGAGCAGUGGGAAGAUGAUGGAAUGGAUGAAGAGCCUCAUGAUUCUUGUGAAGCUUCCUCCCUUGCCAUAGAAAGGGAGACAUAGCAGUCUGAACAUGCAGCAGUAUAAAGCUUGUCCAGGAAGCUUCCCUCUCAGGAGUCAGCAUCCCUUCUCUUGGCCGGGACUUCAGUUCUGAGGGGCAGAAAACAAGUGGAUCUUCAGGAUGAGAAAACAUCAUGGAGCAUCAUCCGAUUGGAAUCUGCAUUCCAGAGUGCUUCUCCAGGAAUCCUGCCAUCCAGAUGUCUCAAGGCUUUCUAAGUUUUAAGUUACGGAGUGAACAGAACACUUUUAUAGAGUGAUUGUGGCCGAUCAGCUUUGGCCUGCUCUUUAUUUUAUAAAUACUCUAUAUUUUUUAUUCACAGUAGGUGUACAAAUACUGACCUGAGUGCAGUUCAAAGGCCUUUCCGUUUUGCAGACAUCAGGGACUCGAGUUCUUGAGGUUCUUUGAAGCCAUAAUAUUCUUGGGGAUGGUGUUUAUCGUGAGACUGAUUCUCCAGCCUGCUCUGACAAGUGGCAUUUUCUGACACGUUUAAAGUUCUGAGUCAGUUCAGCUCCGUGAGAGACAGACCCACUGAAACUUGGCACUAAAUUGACAGUUGGAGCUAAGGGUGUUGAAAGACAAAGUGCUGAACAUGCAUUAUACAUGUGCAGCUGUGCAUGAAAAUAGAGCACAUUGCCAGGAUCGAGAUUCAAGAAUACUGUGGCCAUAGGAGGCUGUAAUUGUCUUGGAGUUCGAGUUCUAGCGUCCUUUGCGCCCAGUCCUACUUGCAGGCACCUAAAAUGCAAAAGGGAACUGUGGACAGUAGAGUUGGUGUUAAUUCCUAGGGCUGCAAUACCAGCUCAUCCCUGGACCAGUGUUUGAUGGACAUUUGUGUGUUUGUGGAGUCAGGGGAAGGUGGAAAUUCUAAACGUGUGAGUUAGAAAUGCACUGAGAGCUUCGCCCCAGCAGCAGAGUCUGGAGUUUACGCCUCACGAGGGUGGUUUUAGUCCCGUACUGCCAAAGAGCCAAUGGUUACGUUGAAUGUUUUCCAACUUCUCCCUACGUCCAUGGGCUGGUUGGUGGUUUGAAGGGGUUUUAACACUGAGGUUGUUGGGUUUUUUCUUCCUUUGGCUCCAUUUGCAGUCAGGGAUGUACCAUUGGGUUUAGUCUGUGGACUGGAACUGAAGAUUUGCUGCAGGAUUACCCACGUUUCUCUACACCUGAGGUUUUUUUAUUUGCAUGAUUCAGAGCUGGCAGCUCCAUCACUCCUGUGAAUUAGGUGCAUGCUUAACGUAUCAGUAGACUGCCUUUAGGAUCAUUUGUUCCCAUUUUCUAUCUAGGUUUUGUGUUUAUCAGCUCAUUGUGUUGACAGUGACUGCAGCAGUGGUUGUGCAUGUCAGGAGAAAUUACCUGAUAAGUAUCUGUUUGGUGACAAAGGCACUGAGCCCUUUUCCUGUUUGCUACUGCUACUGGGGGAAGUGUGUUUAUGAGGCAGGAGAGUCUUGCAGGUUUUCUGUCCAUAGGAGUGGAUGUUUAACUACCUGGUGUAAACCAUGCCCUGAACCACAGGUAUUUUGCACAUCAGCCUCUGUAAUUGGGUAUAGGGCAGGCAGCGACCUCAGUACAUCAGUUCAGGACAGGCUCACCCAGGCUGAGUGUAGGUGAUGCUGACUUCUCAGAGCCACAGGGAGCAAUCUGGAUGUUCCUGUUUCAGCCCCUCUAACCACAUCUGAUGGGUGUUUCUGUCAAAUGGCUGUUGAGUGCUGAAACUGCUUUUCCCAUCAGACUAAACCUGCAUUUCUAACGUUAAUCUCAUGGAGUACCCUAAGCUGUGUUUGAUGAAAGGUGCAGUAGAAAUAAUCACCUCAUUGCCAGCAAAACAUGUUCUGGAGGGGGCUGGUGAGAGGAGGAUGGCAGCUAAACACAGUAGGAAAUGUGCAGGAAUUUAGCACCCACAGAGGUGCCAUUUGUGCCUUUUAAAACUCAGUUCCUCGUAUACAGAAACAGGAAGAUGAUCUGGUGACCUCCCGUUUCAUUCUGUCAGCUGAAGUGCGAUUUUAAGGUAGGAGUAUGAGCUGUGUCUGAAGCCAUGUGGAUUCUCUGAGCAGGUUCUUGUGCCCUGGCUGGAUUUGGUUCUGGUCACGGCCAUGUCAUUGUUCCAGUGCUGUGUCUCUGCCAGGCAGCAGCAGCACAAGAGCUGCCUAGAAGAUGUGCAGGCAGCAUCCCUGCCUGCUGGCUGCAGCACUGCUCAGCAGGUAGUAGAGGAUCCGUUUUUGUCUUAUUAAAGCAGAUGUCUUUAUGAUAACACAGCUCUCCUGCUCAGAGUUAGAAACAGCUUUAAAGGUUUCCAAGUGACUUAGAAACAUUAUUUGCAAUUAGUUAUGGCUGAUUUUCCCCUUCCUUAACAGCAGCUCCGUCUCACUUGGUCCAGGUAGAAACAAUAAAUAGUUUGAGAGCUUCAGAACUGCUUCACAUCAACAGUCACACAUCGGGGUUUGAAAGCUCCAGAAUGAGCCAGGAAACAAAUGCAAAAGUGUCAAAAUGAGGCAGAAGAGCAUGUGGGAAACCUGCUGAUGCCAUAGACACAAUUGCGGGUGGCGUGUGCUUCUUGCAGUUGGUGUUUCUAACCUUUGAAAAGGCUGUAUAAACAGGGAUGUGGGCAGUGUACAGGCAGCAGUAUUGACUGCACCCCCUGCUACCCGUGCUUUUAAAGCUGGACUGCCUUUUACUUUGUAAAUGGAGUUUUUUGUUUCCUUGGCUUCUGAAAGAAAGCUGCUUACAAAGCAUGUGAUAAAUGCAGGAUGUGUAAAGUUCUGUCAGUUAUGCCUGGUAAAUGCACUGGAAAACAGGAAUUCCUCAGGCUGGCUGUAGUCACUGCUGCAGGUAAUGAAUGAAUACACAUUGGAGUUGGAGUUCAGGCCAAGUGCAGACGGUUCUGCCUUGCCUGUGGCCUGUUUGGGUUGUAUUGCAGCAUUUUACAAAUCCAUUUUGUGUCCUUUGUGUGAGGACUUGCUGUGAGCAGCUGUUCUGCAGGGAUGUGUCUGAGUGAGGAACAAACGCUCUCGCUGGGUUCUGCUGUGCUGCCACCAUCCCAUCCCUGUACUCCAGAAUAAUGCUCCCAAGUGACCAACCCCCAGUGACCACCUCCUGCCCUCCCCCUUCUCACCCAUGUACAUUCAGGUACACUGAACUCUUAAAUAAGCACAAAACAUCACAUUGAUGUUUCCAUGGAUAGUAUUGGGUGGGUAAGUCCCCUUCUUGGCCAGCGAGUCCUGUCCAGGGAAUGAGGAGGUCCAUAAGCUGCACUGCACUGCUGUUCUGCGUUGUCUCUUGCUGGGUUGGUACAGUGUGGUUUUGGAGUAGAAUAUCCUUAUAUUCCAUUGCAGAGGAAGCAGUCCUGUGUGGUUUUAGUGGGCUGUACCUAGUGCAGGUAGCCAUGAGAACCAGGAAGCUUCCCAGCAGCACUGCAGGGAUGAAUGUUUACUUCCUGGAGCAAACCAGCAGACUCUGUAGCCUAGCAGUAGUUGUUAGCUCCGUGUGCUGAUGUGGACUGAAAGCACAACCUAGUGGUAGUUACCAAACCUGCUACAUGAAGUCUGAAGCAUAAUAUGAAUGUAAGUGUUGGGGGGGGGUGGGGGGUGUUAAAAAGAAUUUACUGUUUCUUCCCCAAAGUCAGAACUAAGGGGCAGUGCACUGAGGUGGGUUCAGGGACCUGCUGCCUCCACACAGUCCUCGUGCCAGCAGAGCACAUUCACUGCUUGCAGAGCUGGCUCCAUCACAGGAGCCUUCCAUCAGCAGGUGAAGGAGGCGCUGCUGACCUUAGUAAGCCACAAUUAAGUAACUCAAGGGGUCACAUUCUUUGUUUGGUGACUUGUGUGGUACCAGGUGUUGAAGUUCAUCCAUAGUACUUGAAAAUACCUUGAUUCUGAGAUCUUUGCAGUUCUGUCAGGUUGAGGUUUGUUACAGAAACUUACAAACUCAUUCUGAAGCCACCAGUUAACAGUGUUUCCCUGCAGAGUGGGGUUCAUUAGAGGCACUGGUCUGUUGGAGCUCCGCAAGAGCACUGCUGGUGCUGUUCCUGCUAAUGCUUGAUUUCCUUUCCUAGUGAUGAACUCCCAGAUCAUACCCGCUGUCACGCAGCUUUAUUCUUGUUCUUCUGUCCUUCUCUGAGUCCUUCCUCUUCCUCCUGAAUAUAUCAGCUAAAAUAUUGCCAGUUUUCAGCUAUCUGAGGUGGUUUUGGACCCUGUGCAGGUGAGUGGCUGUCACUUCGAGCACUUGUGCCCUGUAUGUUAUUUGUACCUAACCUGAAUGGCAGGUGUGGGUCUGCGGUUCUCCUUGCUCAGGCUCGGCUUUGCACAUGGCAGUGGGGUCCAUCUGCCCAUGUUGCUUUUCUCUCUUCCCUAAAAAGGUUACUUUUUCCUUUCCUAACUCCCGUUUGGAAUGUCAGCCUUGUGAGAGAAACCCUACGUUUACAUUUCAGAGACCAGCCCGCAAGGUGGUGAUGCUUUCCUGCUGCUUAAAAUAGUGUUAUUUAUUUUUCUGUGGGAGGUUUUCAGAUGUGCAGCAGCCCGGGAUGUGCCACUCUCAGCCGUGCUGUUUCAUACCAAUUCCUCGCUCUUUGAUUUACUGGGAAGUGUCACAACGGCUCCGCUGCUGACAUGAGUUGGGUUCAGUUUAAUGCUGCUGCCGACAUUGAGACUUUUGAUAUCAAAUGGGUUUUUACAAAAGCUUUGGAUACUCGUUUUUACUGUCUGACAAACAUUGCUGUUGUUAUGCUUUGUGUGCGUUCCACUUGUGUUCUCCUGGUGUUCGUAUGGUUUCUACAGGUUAAUAUCCUCUGUGGUCUGCCGUCAUUUUCUAUUACGGUUUAUACAAGAGAGCCUGCACGCUUUGUGCUGCACUGCAGGCAAGGGCUGCAUUAAACCCACUUUUGGCCAAUUUA